AUGUCGGUGCACUACACCCUCAAUCUGCGCGUCUUCUGGCCCCUGGUGACCGGCCUGUGCACCGCCCUCGUGUGCCUCUACCAUGUCCUGCGGGGAAGCGGGGGCGCCCUGGCUGAGCCCCCCGACGGCGCGGACGGCGGCUUCCCGCUGCUCAAGGUGGCCAUCCUGCUCUUCCUCGGCUACGUCCUCCUGCGCUGUCGCCACGCUGUCCGGCAACGCUUCCUGCCCGGGUCUCCCCGCCUGGGGGGCCACUCUGCCUUCUCUACGAGACACUUCCGAGAGCCGGGCCUUGGUAUUUUGCUGGAGAGUUACUAUGAGCACGAGGUGCGCCUAUCGCCGCACGUGCUGGGCCACAGCAAGGCUCACGUGAGCCGGAUCGUGGGCGAGCUGGUGCGGGCUGGCCGCGCCCGAGGGUCCCCAGGCCCCAUCCCCGGGGGAGCGCUGGCCUUGGCCUUCCGCGGAGACUUCAUCCAGGUGGGCAGCGCCUAUGAGCAGCAUAAAAUCCGCCGGCCUGAUGGCUUCGACGUGCUGGUGCCGCUACGCCUCCCGCCGCUGGUGGCUCUGGAGCCGAGGAGCCUGGGCGCUGAGCCCGAGCUGGCCCCAGCCUUCCGCGGCUGCUUUGUAUGCGCCCUCAAGGCACCGCCCUCCCCAUCGGGGACUUCAGGGGGCCACUGGCUUCGGGACUGCAAACCCUUCGCUGAUGGCUUCUGUGUGGACGUGCGCGGGCGGCGCCACCUCUCUGCCACGCUGGUGCUGCGCUGGUUCCAGUCGCACCUGCAGCGCUCCCUGGCCACUGUGCGCUACAGCCUGGAGGGGCGCUGUCGGGUCAGCCUGACCCCGGGCGGUCUGGAGCAGCCUCCCACCCUACACAUCCUGCCCUGCCGCACCGACUAUGGCUGCUGCCGCCUUUCCAUGGCCGUGCGUCUCAUCCCUGCCGUCCAUCUGGGAGAUGGAGUCUUCCUUGUGGCGCCACCACCGCCACCCUUUCCCAGCGGGCCCCUGUCGGAGUUCCCAGGAGGCCUACGCGCCGAGGCACUGUGGGGUGUGAACACUGCGCGCCAGGAGCAGAAACUGCUGAGCUGCCUGCAGGAACGGGCCCCUCCAGGUGCCUGCUACCUCAAGUGCCUGCAGUUGCUUAAGGCUCUGAGAGAUCUGGGUGCCCGCGGGCUGGACCCGACGGCUGCCACCCAGUGGGGACGCAUCCUGUCCUCAUACGUGCUCAAGACGGCGCUGCUGACUGUGCUGCUGCGCCAGGGGUCCCCAGCGCAAGGCUGGGAGGAGGCGCACCUGGGCGAGUGCUUGGAAGAGUUGGUGCAGUUCCUUAGGGACUGCCUGCUGCGACGCCACACGCUCUUCCACUGUGUCCUAGGCCCUGGCGGGGCGGCCGCCGAGGUAGGAUCCCUGCCCAAGGUGCUGCGCGAGGCCACCCCGGUUGACCUCCUGGCUGCUUUCGACAGGCAUGCCCGGGAACUCGCGGCGGCACGGUUGCUGUCUACAUGGCGAAGGCUGCCUCAGCUUCUCAGGCCCUAUGGAGGUCCCCGCUAUCUUGUCAGGUGCCCCCCACCCAGGAAUCAGCGCACCCAGGGGUUCCCUGAAGAUGAACCAUAAAUCCUGACAGCACCCCCACCUGACCAAAUGUUCCUAAGU